AUGCCCGAGACAGGCUUGAUGGAUAAGAUUAAACCGUCUGAUGUCGAAAACAGUAGAAUGCAGCCUUCAAAUAAGACACAUGCUUACGUUUUAAAGACUGAUUGUAAGGAAGUAUUAAAGGUGGCUUUCUUAAAAACGCACAAAACCGGAGGUACAACGGUUAUGAAUGUUAUCCAGAGAUUCGGUCACGUCCGCAAUCUUGUUUUCGCCUUACCACGAUCCACAAAUUAUCUGGGUUUUGGAGAAACCGUGACUCCAAACGCCAUUCUUCCAGCACCAAAAGGACAGAGUUAUGAUUUACUGAUCAAUCAUGUUGUGUACAACAGACACGCCUUCCGGCAAAUCAUGCCUAAAGAAACCGUUUACGUCACAAUUAUUCGGCAUCCGAUGGAACAGUUUUUGUCCGCUAUAGAAUACCUGAAAGGAAAACUUGGAUACUUAAAAAAGCUUCCUGAAAAUAAUUCCGCAUCUGCAUUCUUGCGAAACGCAAGUUAUUAUGAGACCAAAGACCACAAGUGGUCUUUUACCAACAACCGAAUGUCAUUCGACUUGGGUUUGGAUCACACUUUGUAUCACGACGCUGCCAAAGUGAAACAGUUUAUCAGAGAUAUAGACCAAGACUUUAAGCUGGUCAUGAUCACGGAAUACAUGGAUGAGUCUCUUCUCUUACUCAAGAAAUAUCUUUGUUGGAGUUUUCGAGAUAUUUUAUAUAUUCCAAGGAAUGUGAAUAUUAAGAAAGUUCGGUACAACUUUACAUCAGAAGAGAGAAAGGCUCACAGAACGUGGGCAAAAGCGGACUACGAGCUAUAUGACUACUUUCUUUUUAAGUUCAAAAAGCUUGUAGAUAUGGAGGGCUCACGAUUUACACAAGAGUUACGCGUGUUUAAAACAAUGUUACUUUCGGUAAGAAAGUUCUGUGUGUCCGGUCAGUACCGGCACAGAUGGCUGAAAAUUAACAAAACGACAUGGAAUGAAGAAUUCGAAGUGACUGGAAAAGACUGUGAAUAUAUGUUACUGGAAGAAGUGCCCUUUCUACAAAGAACAAGAACACAAUACAUCAGAAAGCUCCGACGGUAUGGCACAAGCCCAUGGAUUGUUCAUCGAUUCAACCCAGCUAAAAUAAGAAGGCCAACGAUCGUUCGACGGCCCAUAAUGCACCAACAGCCUACUGUAAACCGCAGGAAGUACAGCCGUAGUUUCAAUAGGGCGCGUCUUCGUAGGCCAAGAUGA